CUAGCCCGGGAGGGGGCGGGGCCGGCAGGUGCCUUGAUGAAUAACUUAAAUGAUCCUCCCAACUGGAACAUCCUCCCAAAUCAACGGGAACCCGGGGAUGAAGGCAGCAGAUGGAAUUACGCCUUGCUGGUCCCCAUGCUGGGCUUGGCCGCCUUCCGUUGGAUCUGGACGAGAGAAUGUCAAAAAGAAAUAGAAAGAGAAAAAAAAGAAUACUAUAAAAAACAUUCAUCUUUACAAAAAGACCUGGAAGCCAAAUACCGGGAUAUAAUCACAGAAAAUCGUCGCACAGUUGCUCACUUGGAGCUGGAGCUCGAAAAGGAACGCAACAGAACCCUGAGUUACCGUGAAGCCCUCGUGUCCCAGAGUCGCAAGCUAGUGGAAGAAAGAAGGGUCCUAGAACAGGAGCAGGAGAAGUUAGAGCGAGAAAAGCAAGUUCUUCUGCACUCAGGAGCGGCAGGUAACUUGUACCAAAGUUGCCUGGCCAAGGAAGAAGAAUGGCAAAAGAGAGCAAAUAUUUUACUGAAAGAAUUUGAAGAGAGACUUAAAGAAAGACAGGACAUCUACUGCAGUCUUGUUGUACCCAGAAGCCAGAGACUAGAAAUAGAGAAAAAUCUGCUAGUUAAAGCGGCAACUGAUCCUGUUGCUACAGCUCUACAUAUGGAAAGUGGCUUAAAAGAUAUUUUCAAACAUGACAACUACUGUGGCAAUCUGCUGAACAGAAACAAGAGUCAAAACGGAAGACUCAUGUGGCUGUAUCUGAGAUACUGGGAACUAGCUAUUGAGCUACAGAAGUUCAAGAGGGCAGAAAAGGCCAUAUUAGGAAAACGAUAA